AAUAGCAACAACAACAGCAACCGAGACAGCGGCGCAGCCUCGCCCGAGAUCCCGCUCACGCUGAGCGCGUCGGUGGUGCUGGCCGACCUGCCGCGAGACGCCACGGCGGCGCUGGCCAGCGCGGGCGGGUUCCCGGCGACGAGCAAAGUGGUGGUCAAGUUCAAGGCCGUGGGGUCGGCGCCGGCGCUGCAGCAGGACGUGUGCAAGAUUUCGGCGGCGCGCAAGUUUGAGGAGGUGGUGCGCUAUCUGCGGCGGAAGCUGCGGUGCAAGGACACGGACAGCGUGUUUCUGUAUGUGAAUAGUGCGUUUGCGCCGUCGUUGGAUGAGGUGGUGGGGAAUUUGCACCAGUGCUUCAAAAAUGCUCAUGAUCAACUGGUUGUGGCCUAUUCUAUAACUCCGGCGUUUGGAUGAGAAAACCAAACAGCCUCUCGCUAUUUACUGCCCAACAUGGUGGUAUAUCUGUCUUCUAUAUCAUCAUCAUUACCAUCUCCUUUUCAUUCCCCCCAUUCGCUGGGAAACAUUGUUAUUAGAAUCCACCAUUAUGCCCACGCAUAUACACAUGUACACAUACCAAGAACACAAUCUAUAUACUGGCUGAAAGAACAUCCGUGAAGCCAAAACAAGUAAAGCAAAGAACGCCGCUGCUUUAUGCUCUCGACAUACCCCCCACCCCCAUUAUUUUCUCAUUACUCUCUUUCUUCUCUUCCUUACAAGUCCUUUGCGGCUUUGGCAAAUGACUCGAAUUCUUCGGCAGGCAUUGGGUAAGUGUGCUCUGGAGCUGGGAACUGCUUGCUCUUGACCUCGUCCCGGUAAGCCACGACGGCUCUGGCAGAUUCGCUCCAGAUGUCGCCGUAUUUCUUGACAAACUUGGGCAUGAAUCUACCCGGAGGAAAGUUGCCAGUCAGGUCGAUCUGAACAAGCACCUGACCGGAACAGCCAUUGCCAGCGCCAAUACCGAUGGUGGGGAUGGAUAGUUUUUGGGUAAUCAGGGUGGCAACUUCAGCGGGCACAGCCUCUAGAACAACAGCAAAGGCUCCGGCUGCCUGAACAGCGAGGGCAUCUUCCAAAAUGCUCAUGGCUCCUGCAGAGGUCUUGCCUUGAACACGGAAUCCUCCGAGAGCAUUUUGGCGUUGGGGUGUGAGACCAAUGUGAGCAAGAACCGGGAUG